GCGAGGAGGGUGAGACAUUCACAAUGAUAAGUGCAUUGUUUUCACGACUUAUUAUAUUGUCCUUCGGCACAUUGUAUCCCGCUUAUGCCUCUUACAAGGCCGUCCGCACAAAGAAUGUCAAAGAAUAUGUCAAGUGGAUGAUGUAUUGGAUUGUUUACGCAUUUUUUACGUGCACAGAGACUUUCACCGAUAUCUUCCUAUCAUGGUUUCCAUUUUACUAUGAGGUUAAAGUGGUUAUUGUACUUUGGUUGCUGUCGCCAGCCACAAAAGGCAGUUCUACACUGUAUCGCAAGUUUGUUCAUCCAAUGUUGACACGCCGUGAACAGGAAAUCGACGAGUAUCUCAACCAAGCCAAAGAACGUGGAUAUUCUGCUGUAUUACAAUUAGGUUCUAAGGGUGUCAACUAUGCCACAAACGUUAUUAUGCAAACCGCAAUAAAGGGUGGCGGUAAUCUGGUGCAGACUAUUCGUCGAAGUUACAGUUUAAGUGAUCUCUCCGAACCAGAUAUUCACCGUACUCAGGAUGAGGUCGAUGACAUUACAAAUACGCGACCUCAGCAACGAAUGUUACGACCACGUCUCAACACACCAGUAGGUAGAUCAGCUUCUGGAUCUCGUCACUCUACGGGAAUGUAUUUUACCGAGGUUGAUGUCACUGCUAAAGGUUCUGGGGAUUUUAAUUAUAACAUUCGAUCUUCGGAUGACAUUAGUUCGGGCUAUUCAAGUGCUGAACCAAUUGCUGGAGGUUUAAGUCGUACGUCAUCUAUGACAAAUGCGUCCAAGACACGCCUCAAGGCUAAGCGAUCUGAGGAUAAAAUGUCUGCUAGCUGUACUACAUUACCUCGUAGCAAAAAAGCGGAAAAAGCGAUGGGUACUACAACAACUACUGUGGCAAAAACUCGUAGCAGCAGACAUGAGAAGUAG